AUGGCAUCAAACCCCGCCAAUGAUGGCAAACAGGCUGCCAAUACUACCACCGAUGACAUAGCUCCGGUAGCAGCCCAGCAGCCUCGAGUUGUUCGUAUGGAAAAGGCCGCUCAGUUUCUGGCCGAGCACAGUUCUGAGAACCGCCCGUUUACAUACGAGGAGGAGAAGGCUGUCGUCAGACGCAUCGACGGGCGCGUCCUUGUUGUGCUUCUCGGGGCCUACUUCUUCCAGCAGCUCGAUAAAAGUUCCUUGAGCUAUGUAUCCAUCUUCGGAAUCGACAAGGACGCAAACCUCCACGGGAAACAAUACUCAUGGCUUGGAUCCAUCCUUUACCUCGCCCAGCUCGUCAUGCAACCUGCCGCCGCCUACAUCCUGGUGAAACUCCCAAACGGCAAGGUCAUUGCGGGUGCAGUCCUUCUCUGGGGUGCCUCGCUGGCCAUCAUGACUGCCUGCACAGACUUCAAAUCCCUCCUUGGUCUGCGGUUCUGCCUCGGUUCCUUCGAGGCGAUGAUUGCGCCGUCCUGUGUCGCAGUCACUCAGAUGUGGUGGCGGCGCGGGGAGCAGACGCUGCGCACCGUCUCCUGGAACGCAAUGAACGGCGUCACAUUCAUCGUGGGCAGUCUAGCGACGUACGGGCUGGGUCACAUCAAUAGCGAUGUGUUGCACAAGUAUCAGAUCAUCUUCCUCUUCUGCGGGCUGCUGACUGUCGUUUACGGACUCUUCGUGCUGUAUUGGAUGCCUGAUUCGCCGAUGGAGGCCAAGUACUUGACUGAGAGGGAGAAGUAUAUCGCCGUAGAGCGGUUGCGAGCGAACCAGAUGGGUGUAGCAUCGAGGGAGUGGCGUUGGGACCACGUGUGGGAGACGGCAACCGACCUAAAGACCUGGUGCUGGUUCGUGUGUAUCGUGGCCAUCUCUAUUGCCAGUGGUGGCAUCAGUACAUUUGGGAAUCUCAUCGUCAAGUCGUUUGGAUACGAUUCAUUCCAAACGAUCCUAUUCAACAUACCCUUUGGAGUCAUUCAGAUCAUCGCCAUCCUCGGCUCUGGGUGGCUGGCAACCAGGUUUCAGCGCAAAGGCCUCGUUAUUGCAGGCAUGAGUGUGCUUCCUGCGAUUGGCACCAUCCUCAUGCUCACCGUGCCAAGGCAGCACAAAGGUGUCCUCCUAUUUGGCUACUAUCUUGUUUCGUGUCUUGCUGCCAUCACUCCUUUAUUCUACGCGUGGCAGGCCCAGAACACUGGAGGUGAUACCAAGAAGAAAUGUACUUCAGCAGUGGUCUUUAUCGGGAUGUGUACGGGCAACGUCAUCGGUCCUUUGCUCUACUCAACGGAUGAUGCGCCCCUCUAUCGGCCAGGCUUGAUUGCUAAUUUGAUCAUGUUCACGCUUGUGGGCGUGUUGUCUGCGCUGGUUCCCUUCUACCUCAUGUAUCUGAACAGGCAGCACGCUAAGAGAAGAGAGGAGCUUGGCAAGUCGGCCACUCUUAUUGAUGAAUCAAUGGCACGCAAGGAUCAGAUGCAGGGAGGUAAGGCGGUAGAGAUGGAGGAAGACGUGGGUGUAAGCCAGCAAAGGCGGGCGAUGGAAGAGGAUAACGGUUUGCAAGACAUGACGGAUCUCAAGAACGAGGAUUUCAUCUAUGUCUACUAG